AUGGAAAGCAAUUCGUUGAUGUCUCUCUUCCUUGUUAUGCUGCUCACUGGAGUAACAGAACAGUGCGCUACGCCUUACUAUCCUUAUUAUCCCUACAACCCCUACUAUCCCUACUAUCCCUACUAUCCCUAUUAUUCUUUUGGAGGAGCCGGAGGAGUUGUAGACCCGCUGACUGGUGCAUUACAAGGAGCGAUCCAGGGAGGACUGAUGGGCCUACUGGCGGGCCGCUAG